ACCCUCACCCCAUCCCCCUCUCUGAUGAAGGGUCCAGGCCCGAAACGUCAGCUUUUGUGCUCCUGAGAUGCUGCUUGGCCUGCUGUGUUCAUCCAGCCCCACAUUUUAUGACCAAAUAUGUUGACUGCCAUCUGGACAGGGAAUGUCUCCCUCAAAUAGUGAGUGAUCCUCGGAUAACAGGACCGUCCCCACGGUCACCGAGGAAGCGGAACUUUUGUGAGGGAGGAGGCGGAGCCUGGGACUGUUGCGGCGGUUGCUCUUCGGCCGCGCGCACGAGUGGGAGCGAGAAAAGAAUGAAGAAAGAGCGCGGGGCCGCCGGCUCAGGGUCAGGCCGAGAGCGGGGAAAGGAGGUCCUGGUGUUCAGCGAGGAUGCGCGGAGGGAGUUUUUGACCGGCUUUCACAAGCGUAAGGUGGAGAGGAGGAAAAAGGCUUUGGAAGAAAUUAAAGUUAAGCUGAAGGAAGAACAGAAACGAGUGAAAGAGGAGAGACACAAGGAAUAUGUGAAGAUGUUCAAGGAGAGACAAGAAGCUUUAGAGGAAGCUGAUGAAUUGGAUCAAAUGACAGCAUCCAAAACGGAAUCCAUUCAGUACGACCAUCCAAACCACACUGUCACUGUAACAACGGUUAGCAGUUUAGAUUUGACUGCUGCCAAUUUGUACCUUGGUGCAAACCAGCCUGAAGUCAUUGAGGGAGAAGAGACGGUGAAGAGAGAUGAUCUGAACAUGAAAAGAGACAAGCCUGUACCAAGGAAAGGAGCUGAACCCAUAAUGUCUGCAAAAAUUUCUUCACUGACAUCUGCCUUACAUUCAAGUGUGAAAAAUCAAAAAGGAAAGAAAUGGAAAAGUUCACAUGAACAGGUCAAAAAACCCCCGAAAGGCAAGACCACAAAAUCACAGAGAAGAAAACGGACGGGAAAACCAGUGGGGGAGUGGUAAUUCACAGAUAUGCCAGUCACUGAGCCUUUACUAUCCUAUGAAUAAAGAGUCACUUUGUGAUGUUACUAUUAGAACUGAGUAACCAACAAUCCUAGAUCUCUCACUAUAGAGAUGCACUGUUGCUGGAUGUUGAUAGUGAUGGGCCAUGUUUGGACAUCACCAGGUCAUUGUACUUCAUGUGAAGAUACUUAAGUCACAAUAGCAUUUUUUAGGAAUAAUCUGGGACACAUGGUAGCACAUACUGAAAGAUUUUGUUUUAGGAACCUUUUGCUUCUUCGAAGGGACCGUUGCAACUGAUGAUCAUAUUUGUGGAGCUCGUUUGUUCUUCAAGCUGCAAAAGUCUUCAAUGCAUUGCAUCACUCUUUAUUUUCCACCUUAUAGGUCUGGAUACUGUCAUAUGUGUGAAGUCUUACUGCAAUUUAUUAUCUCUUAUAGAAAAGUUACAUAACAAAAAGUCUUCAGUGGCAAAGGUCAUUUGAACCAACUAGCCUGAUCUGUCCCAAAUUACAGAUUUUCUCAUGUGAACUGCACCUUACUUCUCUCACCACUGCCUGUAAGUCCUCAAAUACACCUAGUGCCCUGAAGUAAUAAGUAGUCCUGUUAAUAAUACUACCCCUGGAGCUUUCAAUUUCGUUUUCUCAACGUACAUUGAUCCAGCCUACUUUUAAAGACACCUCUUGAAUCUGAAACUCACAGUCCAUCCUUGUGUGACAAUGAGUUGAUAUCUAUUCCCUUAUUCUUGAUUAUUUGCAUCCUUGGCCUGUCUCUUGUCAUGCAAGUUUCAUUGCUUACUUUGAUAUGACCUGUGUGAUGUAGUACUUUAAGUUAUUAGGUAAACAUUCCCUGUUAUUUGUCAACAUCUUUAUUACUUCUGCAGAAAAGUAAUGAGGUUCUUCUGUAUGACCAUUAUAUCUCAUAGUGUGUGCCUGACAUCUGAUUCUGCUGAGUUCUCCAUGUCAGUUUUGAAAACUUUGAAGUUUCAUAGUGGAGCAGCAGUAAUGUAUAUUCUCUUUCACUAUAUUACUGCAGAUUUGAGAAAGUGGCAUGUAGAAAGUGGAGUUUUUCAGAAUCAUCUUUAAUAAAUAUAAAUCUUCCCAUUUGAUAUCCUGA